UUUUAUUUUUAUUUUUUUUAUUUUUAUUUAUUUUAGUUUGUUUAUUUAAUUUUAAACCAAGGGUAUUAUAGAUAUUUUACCCUUUAAUGAAUGUCAUUUUUGUGACUUUCUCCUUCUAGUGCUAUUUUUGAGACAUAAACUUCAAAAGGUGCUAUUAUUGACAAUUGCCGUUCUUUAAAUUACUCAAAUAUGCACGUAGAUUUCUUUGCGUAAAAAAACACCCUGAUUUUUGAAUAUAUGGCUCAUGAUCUAGAAUUUGUAGAACUUGUACUAACAGUUGAGUGAACACAAAGUGUAAAAUGGCAACAUAUUAAAAGAGAAACCAAAGGGUAGCAUUUGCCUUUGUCGUCGAUCAUUAAUAGCUUUAAUCAAUGACGACAUUUUCCAAAAAGGGUCAAAAUAAUCUCAUGGGAAACUAUAAAACAGAUAACUCUCUUCUGCAAUGUGUACUAUAAAACAUAUAUACCCUAAAGAGAGGGUUAGAGAGAGAAGAGAAGUUUCGUUUGCAAUGCAGAUCUCCAUAAAGACGUUAAAGGGAAAGAGCAUAAACCUAGAGGUUGAAGAUAGCUCCAACACUAUCGACGUUAAGAUCCAUGGGGAGCCGAUGAGUGAAUUAGUUUUGCGACUUGGUCCUUCGGGUCGUAGUGAAGCAGCCAUGCAUAUAUUUGUAGUGACUCUUAACGGCACGACCUACACCCUCCAGGUUAAGAGAUCCGUUACCAUUGGAAAAGUUAAGACUAAGUUGGAGGAGAUUAGUGGCACUCCAGCGGACCAGCAGGCGAUGAUAUUUCAAGGCAAGUCGCUUGAGGACAGUUGGACUAUAGCCGAGUGCCAUAUCAAGCAUGAGUCGACCAUUCACAUGAUGCUUCGUCAAUGCGUAUCAUUUCUUGCAAAUUUCAAGAAAGAAACCAAAGGGCUGCAUUUAAUGCACUCACCAAGGAUGCAAGUAUAUAAAAAGAAAACCCGGAAGAGAGAAUGGAGAGUAACCAAAGGGAUUUUUGCAAUGCAGAUUUCUAUUAAGACAGUCGAGGGGAAAAACAUAAACCUAGAGGUGGAGGAUAACUCCAAGCCCGUCGACCUCAAGAUCUAUGGACCCACCCGUCAACUGGUUCUAGGUUUGAAUCCGGAUGCGUAUCCAACUCAGGACGCAGUCAUGCGGAUUUUUGUAUCGACUAUAAAGGAGAAAACAUUCAUCCUACAAGUGAAGGGGUCCGAUACCAUUAAAAAAGUCAAGACCAUGAUCCAUGAUCAGGGUGGCUUACCGGUGGACCAGCUGAAUCUUAACUUUCUUGGGACCAAGCUUGAAGACAGUCGCACCGUAGCUUACUACAACGUCAAGCCGGACUCCAAUCUUGUCAUUGUGCAGCGUGGUUGCAUUUGCUAAACCUUUCUCUUUGUUUUCCAAAAUAUUAUCAGUAUUGCUUUGGAUAAUUUCAAACACAAGUAGCUUUUUAAAAGUUCAUUUUGAGAACUUUAUAUCUUAGGGCUAAGGAAUAUAUAUUCUUAUGUUGUUAAGAAAUGGCUAAAAAAUUUUAAUGGUUUGAAAUAUCAAUUUUAGUUUAUUUGUCAACUUUCAAUUUUUGUUUUCUGUCACAAAUUAGUACGUAACCGUGUGAUCUACAAUACUUGGCAGAAAAAUAUUCGAAGCUCAAGAUUUUUUUUUAAACAUCAAACUGGAGGAUAUGAUAUUUUAAAAAUUCAAAAGAUAAUGAUUAAUACUUCGAAUAUUAUGUGAAAAUGACACUCUUACAAAAGGGAUGUUGCUACCACUUCUUUUACCCCCAAAUAUCAAUCACUGACAAAAAAAACAAAACUCAAAACAUGAUUUGUGGGUUGUAACGCCAAACCUAGCGGUUUAGUACUGUCUGGAUCACGUUUCUUUGCGCAAUUGUUAAUCCCUGCAGAUUUUGGAAAACAUGCCAAAACUAUUUUUUUUUUUACUUUUAUAUCAAAUUGUAAUAUUAUAAUGUAAUAUUUCUAUUUUAUUGUAUAUUUACUUAUUUUUAUUUUUCCUUUUAAUGUAAUAGUGCCACAUGAUUUCUUUUAGAAAUAUUCUGAUGACUUUUCCAAACGGGUCAAAAUACUAUCAUGGAAAAUUGUAUAUAUAUAAAGUUUCUUCUCAGUAAUGUACUAUGAAACAUAAUCUAGAGCGAGAGAGAGAGAGAGAGAGAGAGAGAGAGAGAGAGAGAGAGAGAGAGAGAGAGAGAGAGAGAGAGAGAGAGAGAGAGAGAGAGAGAGAGAGAGAGAGAGAGAGAGAGAGAGAGAGAGAAGAAAAGAGAAGUUGGGUUUACAAUGCAGAUUUCUAUCAAGACAUUAAAGGGAAAGAGCAUAAACCUAGAAGUCGAAGAUAGCUCCAACACUAUCGACGUUAAGAUCCAUGGGGAGCCGAUGAGUGAACUGGUUUUGCGACUGCGUCCUUCGGGUCAGGGUGAAGCAGCCAUGCGUAUUUUUGUAGUGACUCUCAACGGCAGGAACCAUACCCUUCAGGUUAAGGGAACCGAUACCAUUGGAGAAGUCAAGACUAAAUACUUUGAGAUUGAUGGCACUCCAGUGGACCAGCAGAACAUGAUACUUGCAGGCCUGGCUCUUGAGAACAGUUGGACAGUAGCUGAAUGCGGCAUCAGGCAUGAGUCGACCAUUCACUUGACUCGACGUCUUUGCGGUUGCUAAAAUUUCUCUCUUUUUUUUUUCCCAAUGUUCUUAUCAUAUUAUUCUAAGAUUUGGUGUUCAAUUUAUGAAAUAUUAUGUUUAAUUUC